CCGAGCCGACACUGCGCUCGCACGAGCCACACGAGUCGCUCGCCAUCGCUAUACACACACAAACACACAGAUCAGUAUAAUUAUUGUAUACAAUAGUAUUCCAAUAAUAAUGCUACUAUUCUAAUAUCACUUCAAGUACACAAUAGCAUUAAAGAUAUCUAACUCUUCGAAGUGUAUACAUAACACGGUAUUGUACACCAGGCCAACGACAUACGAAGAAACAACAGUGAAUGACAACCAUCCGACGACUCCGAAAGAAUCAACCAACCAGCUGAUAGGACCACAGCCUAAGUCUGAAAUGGACAUCGAAGACUGCUCGCUAAAUGCAGCGAGCAAUCGUUCCCGUUUUCGCUAAAGUCGAUGCGAUGUGUGAAGGGAGCAAUAUUGUGAACAGUGUGUGCUACUGGCUGAAAAGCGAAAACGACGGAAGUUAACCUUCUGGCAAAGGGAACGUACUAUGUAUUCAGUGAUACGGCAACAGUAGCAGCAUCAAUAGUAAUAGCCAUAGAGGAAACGAAACGAGGACGCACUUCUAGCCUAAGCAAAGGAACGAAACUGGAUUUAUCCUAUUAUAGUAUACAAAUCGAAGAAGUGUGCCAGGUGUGCGUGCAACUGGUUUCGGAUUGUUCACGGGAGAUUUUCAUUUGGAUUCAUCUCUGUUAGAUAAUAAUAUAUAUAGAGAUAGUAGUAAAAAUAGCGCAGUGAACAGUAGUCUAGUGCGUUUGUGUGUGAUCGUCGGCUUGUCCACUUGUCGUUCGACAUCUGCCGCUGUGUGUCAGUAUUGCUGCAGUUGCCACCUGACAAAACUGGAGUGUGGUGCAUCAUCGCUGGAAGGAGUACAGGACGUAGGAUCGUUAAAAGAGAUACUGUCACAAUGGUAACCAGGUAGCUUCGACUCCGGACUUUAGGCCGGAGCCGUAGCCUUGCGUGGCGGUGAGGACGGAGCUGCAGGUCAUGGAUGGCUUGAACCGAGUGGGUCCGGGCAGUCGCGUAGGGCCUGGCGGAUUGCUUCGCAACCGCAGCCAGGAAUGGACGCUCCAAGAUUCGAGCUCGGACAACGAGGAUGACCUGCGCUCAUCGGCCAACGCCAAGGCGGCGGUCCACAACAUGAACCUCAAUGGAAUGGCCACUCAUCACCAUCAGCAUGAAUACGAAGAGCCGCGUAACGUCGUCGAGACUCGAAAAAUCUCCCUGGAUGGCGGCCGUCUGGGUGGUGGAGGUUUGGUUGGCACGGGCCUGAAGGGUCGCAAAGGGAAUACGCCUAAUGGCACUGCAAACGGCCCGUUUAGCUCGAUGGAAAUGAUCAAUGCGAGAGGUUACGGCCUGUCUUCCGGGGCAGGUGGCGGAGUAGGAAAUGUUCAAGGAGAAGAUUUUCAGGCACCGCCGCAAUACCCUGGCUAUGGGACCGGCUCGUUGCCGCGGCAGACCAGUGGUUCAAAAGGGUCUCGUCAUCGAAAUGGACAUUCCGGCCGGGGUCAGGUGGUAAACAGCGGUGGCGGCUCGGGUCGGCCAAGUGGGCGGAUCGGUACCGGGGGAGCCACGUCAGGAGGUGCCAGUGGUGGUCAGGCGGCUGGUCAGGAGAUGGGCCUCCGCAGAGGGCCUUCGUCGUCCUCCACUUCGGACAACCAGUCGGAGUAUACUGACAGCGAAACUGCCCACCUACAAAGUACGACGACGAGCAGUGCACAACAACAACAACAACAACAACAGCAGCAACAACCUCAGCAGCAACAAAGGAGGAUGGUGGCCGUCAGCAGGGAUUCAACUUUGCGAGAUAGUCCGCCGGACCCCGCACCCCCGAACGUUCCACCCCGCAAUAACUAUUCGACUGCAGACUCGUUGCGGGCGCGACUUGCUGGGUACAUGGACGCGGCUGGCCCAGGUGGACAGCAGCACGAUAAUGCACUUGAUGACGAUGGGGAGUACCUUAGCGACGUCAUGGGACAUUAUGCCACUCCUGACAUAGCAAAUCCUGAAGAUCAACUUCGUAACUCGAUCAAUCGAAGAGAAAAUGAAAGGGUUUACUGCCAGCCACAGAACAUAAUCACCCAAGAAUCAAAACUCAGCGAUAAGGAUAGUAGUGGAGGAGGUUCAACGGAACGGAACCACGGAGGCGUAUUACCAGGAACCGUAGGGCCUGGUGGAGGGCCUAUGUCAGGCGGUGGAGGCCCUCUGGCGAGCCUUAUGCAAACCGCUGUAUUAGGCAACGCUACGUACUCCAACACAAUCCCGGUAUAUUGUGCCACACCAUGUUCAACGACAGGGCCAAUGGUGCCUGUGGCUGGAUGUAUUAAUCCUCAACUCAUUCAGCAGAGUAUCAACGCCGCGGCAGCAGCCGAACUGCAGGCACAAGCACAAGCCGCACAACAGAACUCGCCACCGGGCCGACCGUUCUCGACGCUAUUCAAUUCCGCGACGAUCGAAAGCUCUCGCAUACAUCUACAGAAGGCGUGUGGGGGCCACCGAUGCAGCUGGCGAUUGGCAACGUUAGGUCUCCUCAUGAUUUCGGUGCUGUUGGCGACACUGGCUGGCUAUUUAGCUGCUAGUCCCGGUAUGGACCCUUCAAGUUGCAUAAUGGUUGGAGGCCUUACGGACGAAGCCGCACUUCAACAUCCUCCACCCUGUAUCGAUCGUCAACCAGCACAAAAAACUGCCUCAGAUUCUAUGGCUAUUAAAGGUCCCGCGCCAGCGUCCGGCAGUGGAUGCAGGUUGAUCCCACAUCAGGCCGAGAGGUUUCAACAAAUUAAGCUCGGUGAUGAAAUGACGCACACCAUCGCCCCGCAGGAAUCAUGGAAUAUCUGGUUCAACCAUCAUGAACCGGCUUUCGUACGCUUCAACGUUACCACGCAGCAGGGCUGUAAACUAGCUCUGUUUGCUGGAAAGAAUAAUCCACCAACGCUAACUGUUAAUGCGUUCCGGGAGACAAUAAGUAGCGAAGCCCCUCAAGUCGACGAAUUUCAUAUGAGCACAAAUAACAGUCCAGCAUCACCCAGACGCCGAAGAACAGUCGGCAUGACGUUAGAAGAGGUCGAGCUGGUGCAUUUCCUGGAGUCUGGAACGUGGUACGUAAGUAUCAUCAACGACGACUUCUUGGAGACGACAAUGGCGAUUUCAGCAUCUAUUGCCUUCGACGUUUCUACCUUGUGUCCUAACAGCUGCUCCGGACAUGGCCACUGCGAAAUGGGCAAAUGCACCUGCCAUCCAGGAUACUCCGGGUCGGACUGUUCUGACAGUGUUUGCCCCGUACUUUGCAACGGGCAUGGACGCUUUGUGCAAGGCGUAUGUCGCUGUGACGUAGGCUGGAAAGGGGCUGAGUGCGGUGUUUUCGAGAGGGAUUGUGAAGUUCCAGAUUGUAAUGGGAACGGACGGUGUUCAAAUCGAGGACAAUGUGUCUGCAAACCAGGUUUCUCUGGACCGGCUUGCGAAAAAGUGGACUGCCUUGACCCAUCGUGUACUUCACACGGGGUGUGUUCUGGGGGCCUCUGCCAUUGCAAAAUUGGUUGGCGUGGCCAAAAUUGCUCGGAACCAGACGACCGUCUGAACCGAUGCUUUCCCGAUUGUUCGCAGCACGGAGUCUACGAUCUUGAAGCUGAGAAGUGCGUUUGUUUUGAUCACUGGACGGGCAGCGAUUGUUCCAGGGCCAAAUGCAAUCUGGACUGCGGCGCAUUUGGACGAUGUGAAGAGAGCCGGUGCCGCUGCGAGCCGGGCUGGACUGGUAGCAAAUGCGACCUGCGCGAAUGUGAUCCCCGCUGUCAGCUACAUGGACAGUGCAACAAUGGCACCUGCAUAUGUAUACAGGGAUGGAUGGGCAAACAUUGUACAAUAGAGGGCUGCCCAAGCGGUUGCUCGAACAAGGGCAGCUGUGUGAAGGAUGAAGCGAGUUCGUUAUGGAAAUGUAACUGCCAGAGCGGUUGGGGUGGAAGAGACUGCAGCGUUCACCAGGAGACCAAGUGCAAGGACGAGGUUGACAAUGAUGGAGAUGGACUUAUCGAUUGUGCAGACAGUGAGUGCUGUUAUCGGCCAGAGUGCCAAGACAGCUUGCUGUGCAUUCAUUCACCGGAACCCCAAGAUAUCCUGCUGCGCAAGCAGCCACCCCCAGUAACCGCGUCAUUCUAUCAGAAGAUGAAGUUCCUCAUCGAGGAAGACUCAGUGCAGAGUUACUCGCAUAAGGACGAGUACUCUGAGAGCCAAUUUUGGAGUGCCUUCGUAAAAAGUCGCGUGUCGGUGAUUCGAGGACGAGUGAUUGGCCGAGAGGGCAACGGUCUCAUCGGCAUUCGAGUGAGCGUCGCCACCGACCCACAGUUUGGAUUCACACUCACCCGACCAGACGGAUGGUUCGACAUCCUGGUAAAUGGUGGAGGAGCUGUGACGCUCCAGUUCCAGCGUAAUCCAUUCCAUCCAAUCAAGAGGACAAUCAUGGUCCCUUGGAAUGAUAUCGUCGUCAUGUCGCCUGUUGUUAUGAUGAGUGUAGCCCAGGAGCCUAAUGAAGGUGAAGGCAUGUUCGAGGAGCAAGCCGGUUGCCUCCCGCACGAUGCAGACCGCAUGAAGCCUAUUGUGUAUCAAACGUGGCGACCGGGCUCCCAAGGGGGAUGUACCGAACGUUCCGCUAUCAUAGCCGAAACUCAGGUGAUCCAAGAAGCGCUCCCGAUUCCUGGGUCUGAUCUCCGUCUGGUCUAUCAAAGCAGUCACAGCCAGGGGUACUUGUCAACUAUUCACUUGCAACUAACGCCAUCACAAGUGUCCAAAGAGCUGAAGCUUGUGCAGCUACGAAUCGUCGUUGAGGGUAUACUGUUUGAGAAAACGUUCGAGGCAGAUCCCGAUAUCAAGUUCACCUAUGCUUGGAACAAACGCAAUGUUUACAAGCAAAAAGUAUACGGUUUAACCACUGUACUGGUGUACGUUGGUUAUCAGUACACGAACUGUGACAAAACGAUAUGGACGUCACAAUCAACGACUUUGCGUGGCUUCGACAUGGAUAUCUCGGAGUUAGGCCAGUGGAACCUUGACAUCCAUCAUCGGUAUAAUUUCCACGAAGGCGUUUUACAGAAGGGUGACGGUUCUACCGUGUACUUUAAGCAUCAGCCACGAGUUAUUCAGACUUUAAUUGGUACAGGCCGAAAAAGAACUUCGCGAAUCUGUCCUGAAUGCACCGGUCGAGCGCAAGGCAAUAAACUCGAAAAUCCUAUCACGCUUACAUCAGGGCCAGAUGGUAGCAUCUACGUCGGAGAUCACAAUCUCAUAAGGCGAAUUACACCUUCUGGGCAAGUCUAUACGGUCUACACCCUCAAAAAUCUGCCCGAUCAACUGACGUAUCAGUACCAUAUCGCACUGUCGCCUACGGAUGGCCAUCUUUACAUCUCUGACCCUGAGAUGUACCAGAUUGUACGCGUACAACUAGACAAACACUUGGAAGCGGCAGAGGGCAACACAGCCGACAGCGUCGUAGGCAAUGGCAAACGAUGUGUUGACCCUGACAUUGAUCUUUGCGGAGACGGUACGGGAGCCAUGGAAGCGAAGCUGCACUAUCCGAAAGGACUGGCGUUUUCAGUAGACAACACCCUGUACUUUGCUGAUGGUCCACGAAUCCGGAUGGUUGACAAACGCGGCGUGAUCCACACGGUUAUCGGGGGUCCCAGAGGACGUCACCAAUGGAGACCAAUCCCAUGUGCCGGAACUCUGCUAAUAGGACAGACCAAGUUACGCUGGCCGACAGAACUUGCUAUCAAUCCUAUUGAUAAUUCGCUCUAUUUCAUCGAUGAUCAUAUGAUCAUAAAACUCACCAAGGACAAAAGAGUAACUGCUGUUGUCGGUCAACCGUCGUAUUGUAAAGAGGCCAAGGGGAAAACAAAUAAGUAUGACAAGAACGCCUCGAAGAAUCUCGGCACCCUAAUUUCGUUCGCAUUUGGCCCCACUGGGGUCAUGUACUUGGCCGAGGUAGAUCAGCGAGACAACUAUAAGGUGCAUGCGCUCCGGCCAGACGGUGAAAUGAUCCACUUCGCCGGCCGAGAACGUCCUGCGCACUGCAUGUGGGGCUGUCCUAAAAAUGCCAACACGUCGACAUGCCGCUUGUGUGAGGACACCGGUAGUCAACUGGCCGUCGAAACCCGCCUACAUGGCAUCUCUUCGCUCACUGUUACCAGUGAUGGCACCGUGCACAUUGCAGAUGUCGCGGAUUUCAAAAUUCUGUCAGCGGUACCGUACCUGCCCGAGUCAACAGGUGACAAUGAAUAUCAUGUCGCCUUUCCCGAGAACCACGAGGUGUACGUAUUCAACAAGUAUGGCCAGCAUAUACUUACCAAGAGCGCGCUGACCGGCAAGACCAAAUAUACAUUUCUCUAUAAUGUCAACACGUCGCUCGGCAAGCUAAGUGCUGUAACCGAUGCCUCCGGCAAUAAAGUGGCUUUCCUUCGAGACUCGGCGAAUAAUAUGUUCAGCAUCGAAACUGCUCGAGGCCAUAAGUGUCGCGUAUUUGUUAACAAGCAAAAACAGCUGCUCUCGUUUACCAACGCUGAUAAUUUACAGUACAAUUUUGAAUAUGAGCCGGUGACUGGCCUAUUGCUCUCCAGGCACGAUUCGAACGGGAUGACGUUCCAUUACAUCUACGAUGAGAAUGGCCGUCUCACGAAUGUUGUCAAGCCCUCAGGCAAAGUAGUUGAACUCGAGUUUGAUCUGUCCGAUCGUGGCGCAGCUGUUUCUGCGAAGGACGACAAGUUCACAGAUAUUGUCGUUGUUAAAGGAUCCAGCGUCACCACUACUGCACGGGGCAUUAGUUUAGAAUCACGGAUGCACCAGGAUGGCGCGAUCGAGGUGCGGGCUCCGUGGAAGACUUCCGCUCUCUGGGAGGCAGCCACCCACAAGGUGCUCACCCAGCUCCUGCCUGUGCAGGCCGGCAUGUUCCCCAUACCGAUCAAACAGACAGUAUACACCGAAGGUGAAGGUGAGACCGGAGUUAGUAACUCGCUCGAGUGGAAGUACGACGUUAAGUUUACUCGCCGAGAACAACGCGACGCUCCGGUUGCCGACGCGGUGACAGCCGUUGAGAGGACUUUGCUGGUGAACACUACUCAGUAUCUGAAGACUGAGUACGACUGGAUGGCAGACAGGGAAAUGGUAUACAACGCUUCUCGUAGACCAUUCCUUGUCAUUCAAUACGACACAUUCUCUAGGCCGAUCCAAUAUUUACCGACCGACGUUAAAGUGCCCUUGAAUAUUCAAUACGACCGUUUAGGCAGGCCAUCUGGAUGGAGCCAGGGAGCAAUGCAAGAGAGUUAUACAUACGACCGAAGUGGAUUGUUAAGUGAGGUCAAGCUAGCUAACGAGGGCAAGAUGCAGUACAGCUACGAAGGCCUAAGCAAGCCAACCAAGGUCAAGAUGCCCAGCGGUCGCGAGUACUUGCUAACGUACGAUAAAAAUGGCGGACUUGAAAGCGUUACGACACCGAAAUCGACAAUGCACACGUACCAGGUGCUCGUAUCAAUUGGUUUUUACAAACUGCUAUAUACUCCGCCCGGCAACCAUGGACCACUAACAGUCUAUUAUAAUGAUAGGGGCCAGCCUGUACUUAAAAUCUUCCCAGGUGACAAUGGUCGCGUGCUAUACCGUUACAAUAAUCAAAGCUUGCUCGCCGCUGUAGUUUAUGGCGGUGGCAAAGUGGUAACCAAUUACACAUCUACUGGUUUCGUCAAGAGCGAGGCCUGGGUCGAAAGUGAUGUUGAAGUGAAAUACGACUACUUCUACGAUGGCCCCAUGUUGACUCAGUGUGUUGCAAAGUUCUACUCAAAGUUCCAGUUGACGACGGCCAAUUUCCACUACCAGUACGACAAUUGGUUCCGGCCGAAGCACAUUCGUGCUCGAGUGGGCACACUUCAAUUCGCCGACAUUGAGUUAAGCUAUGAAGCUCAAACUGGACAACGGGAACAAAUUGGCCCGUUCCGUGUCUACACACAAAAUCCUAACGACACGAUACUGGCCGACGGCGUCGCCACCUUCACUCAGCUUACGGACGGCCUUGGGCGAAUCCAGCAGCGCGGCCUCUUGAUCGCCGAGAAGGAGGUCUACAACCUUGAGUGCUCCUACGGCGACAGCAACAACCUAAUGCAAAGUAAAACCCUAAUGCGUUUGCAGGGCGGAAGCCAGAUGCGUACGCAAAACUUCACGUACGAUCUUGAUAACCAGCUUAUCGAAAUGGUCGGCAAAGACCGAUGGAAUUUCCAAUACGACGAUAAUGGAAACAUUGUGACUAUGCGGUAUAUGGGAAAUAAAAUCGAGAUUCUCCACGACGUGGGUGACCGGAUUCUCCGCUUUGGCGAAACUCCAUUUGUCGUUAAUGAUCGAGGCUUUGUCGUACAGAGAGCCGAGGAACGAUUCCAAUAUAACGUGAAAGGUCAGCUGAUCAAGGCAAUGUCAGGGACGCGCGGCAAGUACGAAGUCAAAUACUUCUACGACGCGCAAAAUCGGCUAGCUAUGCGAAAGGACCAUUUUGGAAAUAUGACUCAGUUCUUCUACGCCGACCUCACCCGGCCACAUCUCGUAACGCACAUCUACAACAAUGCCGAUGGUCGUAGCAUGAGCCUAAUUUAUGACAACAACGAUUUUCUCAUUCACAUCUUGGUUAACAAGGACAGUUUUUACGUGGCCACAGAUCACAAUGGGAGUCCAACGCUUAUCUUCGAUCGGUACGGGGAGGUCGUCAAGGAAGUUCUAAGAGGCCCAUACGGCCAUAUCAUCUACGAUUCGACACCUACAUUCUACGUGCCUGUCGACUUUCAGGGAGGAAUCCUUGAUCCGGUGACAUUGUUGCUGCAUAUGGGAGACAAAGUGUACGACUCCUUAACCGGCAAGUGGAUGACGCCUCGCUAUGAGAAUGUCCUCAAUCACGUCAACGAUGUGCGGCACCUGCAUCUCUACCAGUUCAACAAUAAUGAUCCAGUCAAUCUGCAUAAGAAACGACAGAACAAAUACGACACGCCUGAUUGGAUUGCAAGCCAGGGUAUCGACAUUACUACACUAGGCCUCGGUCGACCUUCGUCCGUUGUCAGGACUGCGAACGGCUUCCAUGAACGAACAGUAUCUGAUCGUUUUGAUCUUCUUCCGCAGUUACCGUCGGUACCGCUUAUUUCUGCGUAUGCUUGCGCAGUUCGUCGGAAACUAACAAAUUUUGCUCGUCUCAGUUCUGUUGACCGUUCUCGAGUGAAGCAAGAAGACUUCCUUAGCGCUAACCAACUUAGUACACUUCACGUACCCCUUGGACCUGGCAUUACAAUUUCACAGUUCGAGGGCAGAGCUCGUGUGCGUGCGGUAGACAAGGCUAAUCCCAUCAAUCGCGACGUGUUUACGGCUGUGUUUAAUAACACUCAGCUAGUUGAUGUCCAUCUAGUCAUGCACGGUAUCGACGUGUUCUAUUUCGUCAAAGACGCCACUUGGAAAUACGAUGAUGACCUUACCCAACUUCAGCGACUCGGUACCGCCAUCAACGUGACUCACCAUAGUGAUCAUGCUAAUCAGUAUUCCGAUAUCAGGGUGCACACAACCUACGCCGUUCUCAGCGUCCGCUAUGGCGCGCAGAUGGCUAAAGAACAACAGCGAAUUCUGCGGCACGCCAAAAAGCACGCUGUCAGCCAACGUUGGGCUCAGGAGAGAGAACUUUUGAAUCGCGAUCAUGGUUCUAUCGGACGUCAAUCCGGUGUUGAUUGGACCGAUAAGGAGAAGGACGACAUCAUCCGAACUGGUUCCGCUCCAGGAUAUCGUGGCGACUACCAUCACGACGUAAAUGUUUACCCCGAGCUUGCCGACGAUCCUGCGAACAUCGUCUUACAUCGAAAUAACGCCAAACAGAGAAACGACAACUACGAAGAGAUGUAGACCGAACAGAAAUAAGUGGGCGUAGAUAAACUUUAGCCGCGGCUAAGAUACCCAUGCCACUAAUAACUACAACAAGAAAUGAUGGAUGCUGAUGGGCCCAGUCAAGUCGUUGGUGACUCCAACGACACCCAUGACAACCUUUAUACAUCGAUAAUUAAUAAAAUGCAAAAUGAUCACGAGCGAAGCGGUGAUCAUUUAUAUAUAUAUAUAUAUAUAUAAAUAAAGGA